UAGGGACAAAAUGAUAGAUAUAUUUUUACGAAUAUUUUGUUAAAAUUAAUGAAUCCUUUUGGUACUAACUGUAAUAUCUCCGUAAUUAUCUCUGAACCUGCAAUAGUGUCGCGUUAUUUGACCGAAGUUUUGCCUUGUUCAUUGACCGUUGCUAUUCCCAUUAGUUUUUGGAAGUAAUUUCGUUCAGUAAAAUCGAAUAUGUCUGUUUUAAUAAAAUAUCAAUUCCAUAUUUUGUACUAUGUUUUAAGGUAUUACACUUGCACUUAAUGAGGAACACUUAAGAUUUCCUGGAACUCUAUUUUUCUUAAGAACUGGUUAGAUAUGGUCCUGAGCCGCAGUCAGUUAACGUGAAAUUACGGUUACUCUGAUCUCGUACAUUAAUUUGUGACAAUAACGGGUAUUUGCAUUUUGCCGCUCAAUACUAGUCAUAGUUAUUUUUUAAUCUACAUAUACAUACAUGUGUAUUUUUAUGAUAACGUUAUUCAAUAAAAAAGAAAGAGGAUGGAGAAAGUAUUACAUUCAUUAAAUAGAAAAUUAAUUGCUGCAGAUAAACAUCGAGAUUUGAUUAAUAAGUACAAAACAUUAUGUACAGAUGAAGAACGUAUAGUAUUUACUCUUAAUGUUAUGCUAGAAUAUAAUAUAAUUCCACAAGCUUGUGGUGAUAUAAAAGAUGCAAAGGAAUCUGAGAAAUUGAGAGAACAAGGUAAUAAACUAUUUGUUUCAACACCAUUGAAAAAUUAUACAUGUGUGGACGCAUUAAAAUUGUAUACAAAAAGCAUAGCUUAUGCUCCUUAUCCAUCUGAACAACUUGCUUUGGCAUAUGCCAACAGAUCUGCUGUUCUAAUAAAGUUACAUAAAUAUGAGUUAUGUAUUCAAGACAUAGAUAGAGCACUAGCACUCACAUAUCCAAAUAAUUUACGUGCUAAGCUUUGUGUAAGAAAAGUUGAGUGUUUAAAUGCUCUGGGACAUCCUCGUAUGGAAGAUGCCAUAAAAGAAGCACAAUAUUGGUUGGAAAAGAUGUCUUCAGAUGAUAUCAACCGAAAAAAAUUAAGUGAAAAACUAAAUAAUACAAAACACAAUUUAGCAUCUCAAAAGUUGAAGAAACAGAAUACUAUAAAACAACCACCGCUUCCUAAGAUAAAAACUCGUAAUAUUGAAGUUCCUUGUGCUUCUGAUGCAGUAACUAUAAAGUAUAAUGAAGAAUAUGGUAGACAUAUUGUAGCUACUCAUAAAAUAAGACCUGGUGAAGUAAUUGCAGUAGAAAAGCCAUACUCAUUAAUAUUAACACCUGAUAAUAUACAUACACAUUGCUCAAAUUGUUUGGAGGUGUCUUGGGCCAAUAUACCUUGUGAGCACUGCACAUAUGCUAUGUAUUGUUCAGAGGAAUGUAAGAUUAUGGAAUGGAAAAAGUAUCACGAUGUUGAAUGCACAGUAUUUCCCUCUAUGUUAAAGAUGAAUUUUGUCAAAUUAGAUUUGUUUAGUUUAAGACUUGCAAUUCAGGCUGUGAGAGAAGCUACACAUAUACAAGAACUAAGGAAGGAGUUAAAAGAAGUUGAUAGUUGUGUUGCUUCUCGAACAAAAGGUUUUUCUAAAGAUGGCACUUUUCCUAGUGAUAAAUAUAGGAGUUUAUUAGGUCUUGUGACUAAUACUGAAAAACGUUCAGUACAAGAUCUCUUUAGAAGAUCUUUAGAUGCAAGCUUUAUUUUAUACUUUGUAGCAACAUGUACUAAUAUGUUUGGAAAUCCAUUAAGCAAAGAUUUAUCUGUGUUAAUAAAAAAUGCUGAUGUUACAUUUGUUGGUGGUCUUAUUUUGAGACAUCAGCAACUGAUUCCUAAUAAUAUUCAUAGUUUCUCUGAGGAAUGUGGAUUAGAGGCAGUUGAACGUGGUGCUGCAGCUAUGCCAUUCUCCAGCUUAAUUAAUCACAGUUGUAAUCCAAAUAUCUUAAGGCAUUCAAGAUCUGAAUAUGUUAUUAUCUAUGCUAUAUAUCCUAUUGAAGAAGGGGAACAGUUAUAUGAUAUUUAUACUCAACAUUAUGCUAUUACACCAAAAGCUGUGAGACAAGAAAAGCUUUUGAAACAGUAUUAUUUUAAGUGUAAUUGUCUACCAUGUCAAGAGGAUUGGCCAUUGUACUAUAAUCUAAAAUCUUUCAGAAAUUUAGUUAAGAAGGAGGAAGAUAAGAAUAGAAUUAGACAUGUGUUAAGAAAAUUUAAUAAAUAUGUCAAUAUUGCAACAGAAGGAAAUAUAUCGGAUAAACAUAUCGUUGAUGAUUUGUUAAAAAUGAUUGAAGUACUAUACGAAUUGGUGCCAAUGCCGUGUACAGAAAUGAAUAACGUAGUAGAAACUUUGAAGCGUGUCUACGAUUUAAAUGGAAAUCGGUUUGAAAUCCCUGAACUGUAAGUAACGUCUCAUAUGUGAUAAAAUUUAUACAAAACAAAAUUUUAAUGUUUUAAUGUUUUGUAUAAAAAUAAUGUAUAAAAAUGUGUAUGAAAAUAAAUGUGCGUUUUAAACUAUUUGUCUCUUCUUUACAUCGAAUAUUUCUAUACAUGUUUUAAUAUUUAAUAAUAUUUAUUUAUAAUAAUAUAUAUUUAUAUUAUAUAUUUGUAUAUAUUAAAAAUAUAUGUGCUAUGAAUACGACGUCAAUGUGUAUUUGAUGUCAAUAACAUUUUAUAUAAUGACAUAUUGUAUUAUAUUUAUUAAGUACAAAUUGAAAGAGAUCGAGAAAAUAAAAUACCUGUAAAACCAUACAAAUGUUAUAAUGUUUAAUUACCGAUAAAGUUAGAUAGUAACUAAAAUAAUAAUUAAAGUAUGUUCAUUGGAACCGAAUAAUUAUAUAGAUACUGCAGUGGUGUUUUUACUGAGCUUCAAAGGGUACGGUUUAUAGCAUAUAUUUGAGGUAGUGAAAAAGGUAAAA